CCGAGGCAGCAGGAUAUGAGGCUGCAGUGAACGCCGCCCGGCGUCUCGAGACGAAAGGGCUCUGAUCCUCCUCCUCUGCCAUUCAGUCAGUCGUCACUCCCCCGCCCUCCCAAUGGCCACCUCGUCCGUGCUCCCGUUCCACCUCCCGUCCUGCGCGCGCCGGGCCAGCACCGCCGCGCGCGCCUCCGCGGCCCCGGUGGCGGCGGCGGCGGCGACGACCGCGCAGUCCCUGGAGGAGUCGUUCGGCCGGAAGGGCCUGCGGUUCGUGGCCGACCCGGCCGGCGGGGCCCCCGCCGCGGAGCUCAGCGUGCGGAACGGCAGCUCGCUGCACCUCCGCCUCGGCGACGGCCUCGUCACGUCCUACAAGCCCAAGGUGCAGUGGAAGGACGACGGGUGCCGGGAGGUGCUGCACACCGUGGGCGGCAAGGGCGGCGUCGGCCUCGUCCUCAGCGAUCAGGCGUCAGGUGGCCAGUCGUCGCUGCUCGACGGCGCCGAGUGGGCCGUCAGGGACGCCGACUCCGAUUCCUACGACGCCGUGCAGGUUGAGCUCGGGUGCACCAUGGGGAAGCUGGACAUCUCGUACGUGGUGACGCUGUACUCGCUGAGCAUGGCGACGGCGGUGAUCGUCCGGAACACGGGCAGCAAGCCGGUGGCGCUGACGGGCGCGGUGCUGAGCCACAUCAAGUUCGACAAGCGAAGCGGCACGGCCGUGGAGGGCCUGCGGGGCUGCCCCUACUGCUCCCACCCGCCGCCGGCCGCCGCCUUCAGCCUCCUGUCCCCGGCCGAGGCCAUGAAGCGGGAGGACCCCGGCUGGUUCGGCGGCGGCGGCGGCGAGGAGCCGCGCCAGGGCGUCUGGACCAUCGAGGAGGACCUCUACACCACGCUCAAGAAGAAGGUGAGCCGGGUGUACGCGGCGCCGCCGGAGGAGAGGAAGAAGCGCGUCUACAGCACCGCGCCGUCCAAGUUCACCACCAUCGACCAGUAUAGCGGGCUCGGGUUCAGGCUGGUGAGGAUGGGGUUCGACGACAUGUACCUGUGCAGCCCGGGAGGCAUGUACGACAAGUUCGGCAAGGACUACUUCCUGUGCACGGGGAUGGCGUCCAUGUUGGUGCCCGUCGUCGUCAACCCCGGCGAGGAGUGGAAGGCGGCGCAGGUCAUCGAGCAUGACAACCUGUAACUUCUGUAUACAGAGCGAGGCACGGUUACAUGGCGUUGGCGGCGGACACACGGCGCGGCAUAGCUUGUGUCAACCUACGGGGCUUCGCCCACCAGUGUCCGACGGCGUGUGUCCGUGUAAUUUUCUGCCAUGAAGCCGGCUCCGCCGCAUGUCACAUGACGCGGUAUGGAGCACAGAAAACCAUAGCAAAACUUUGAUCGGAGACUCAUCUGAAGUGUACAUUGAUGAUUUUUUUUCAUAUAAAACACAUUCACUGUAAAAAAGAUA